ACAGUAGGUGGAAUGUGUGAAUCGGUUGAACUAGAAGGAAAAGUCUAUGAUUUAGGUGGCCAAGUUGUCGCAGCAAACAGUGCACCAGUGAUAUUUCACAUGGCAAAAGAGAUCGGGUCUGAAUUGGAAGAAAUGGACUCCCACAAGCUUGCCCUUAUUGACAGUUCUACAGGGAAGUAUCAGGAGAUUAAAGUUGCCGAUGAUUAUGUCUCUAUGGUCGCACUGACUUUAGAACUUCAGGUCAGUUGCCGCUAUCAUUGUUGUAUCCAGACUUUUAAGUCAGGAGUCAGUUUAAGAAUCCAUUUUACUUUUCACAGGACAAAGCGAAGGAUUCAAAUCGAAUUGGUGUACAUGCUGUGA